AAACUGAAGAAGUCACAACUUAUAUUGAAAUUAAUCAACUUGCAAAUACGGACACCAAUACAUUGAUUGACUGGCCUACUAUUAAAGAUAGUCCGAUUAAUGAAUUUGAAGAAGUCGGUUAUAUAACUAAAGCAUUUCCUACUUUAUUUCCUAAAGGAAAAGCAGACUUGCAUAGUACUAAACGGCAUCGAAGAGUAUAUCCAGUCGAAUAUUUUGAACAUUUAAUAAAAUAUUGUGAUGGACGAUUUGCACAACAUAAAAGAUUUCGAUAUUUUGCAUUAAACUCUAUUAUGAGAUGGAGAGCGCUUGAAAAUGGCAAAAUAUAUGUACGUCAAAAUUUGGAAGAUGUGUAUUUGACAGUGGAAGAUAUUCAAGAAUUACUUAAUACUAAUAAUUCAUUACAAAUCGGCAUGGAUGGAUUAAUUUUUUUUACAUUUAGCUCGGCUGAUUUACAUUGGCCCGAUCUACAUAAUCUUAUGCCAAAUACUAGCGUUAGUUCUACACAAGCUACUCAGUAUCAUAAUUUAAAUGAGAAUCCUCAUAUAGCAACAUGGUUUUUUACAUGUCGAUUUGAAUUAUUCUUAGAGCACGUUCUAAUACCUAAAUGGAAUCUUAGUGACUAUUGGUACCGGUAUGAAUGGCAACACCGGGGAAGUACACAUGUACAUGGUAUUGGGAAAGUUUCGAAUGCACCGACUUUUGAUUGGAUGGCUAUUCAACAAGAUGAACACUUAAUGGAAAAUAUUAUUACAUAUAUUGAUUCAAUUGCUACUGCCAUGAAUUCAGAUAGGACCGCAUGUAUUUCUGAACAACAUCCCUGCCAAAAACCAUUGGAAGAAUUAACGGAUGACUUCGAUGACUAUUGCCAAUUAGUCAACAAAGUUCAAAGACAUACGAAAUGUUCAUCUUCCUCUUGCCUUGUACUAAAUAAGCGUACUAAUUUAGAAGAAUGCCGAUUUGGAUAUCCAAAAGAAUUACACAAUUCUACUAUUAUACAAUCCGAUGAUAAUAACCAACCAGAACUAUUAUUACGUCGUAAUAAUCCAUUAGUCAACCCACAUUGUAGAAUUCAGCUUCAAGGCUGGAGGGCCAAUGUUGAUAUAAAGCCUGUUCUUUCUCUUCAUGCUGCGCUCUCUUACAUUGCAAAAUACGCCAGCAAAUCAGAACCACGUUCUAAGACAUUCGAUGAAAUAUUUUCUGAUUAUCUUAAUAGCGCAAGACCCGAUGAACCGACUUUAAAGCCAAUUCAGAAACUUUUAUUGCAUACAGUAUCUGAACGGAAUUUUUCUGCCCAAGAAACAUCGCAUCUUCUUCUUAAGUUACCAUUAGUUGUAUCAUCUAGCGUCUUUUUAAUUCUUGAUCUUAGUGAAGAUG